AUGGGAAACAUAUUCGCGAACCUUUUUAAGGGGUUGUUUGGCAAGAAAGAGAUGAGGAUACUUAUGGUAGGGCUAGAUGCUGCUGGUAAAACUACGAUUUUAUAUAAACUUAAGCUAGGAGAAAUUGUUACUACAAUACCCACUAUUGGGUUCAAUGUUGAGACUGUAGAAUAUAAGAACAUCAGCUUCACAGUAUGGGAUGUAGGUGGUCAAGAUAAAAUUAGGCCAUUGUGGAGACACUAUUUCCAAAAUACACAGGGCCUAAUUUUCGUGGUGGACAGCAACGACAGAGAGCGUAUAACUGAAGCGAAGGACGAACUGAUGCGCAUGCUGGCAGAGGACGAACUCAGGGAUGCGGUUCUGUUGAUAUUCGCCAACAAGCAGGAUCUGCCUAACGCUAUGAACGCAGCAGAGAUCACCGACAAGUUGGGACUGCAUUCGCUUAGGAACCGCAAUUGGUACAUUCAGGCGACGUGCGCGACCAGCGGCGACGGUCUUUACGAGGGCCUGGAUUGGCUGUCCAAUCAGCUGAAGAACGCCAAUCGCUGAGCCCGCGUCCUUCCGAAAGGGCGGAGCGAGAGCAUAAAGCAGCGACCAAUCACGCCCCUUCAUCGUCACUUACGUCAGCCGCGAUUGGUGCAGCGGACUCUACACAUUCUCUUAUACAUAUAUGUUCAUCGCGUCGCAGUCGCGUGUGUGUCGCGCGCGCGAUCCGCCACCAUAUGUUGCAACAGCCGCGCGCGAGUCGUUCGCGAGUGUCGCACCAACACGUUAUUAUCCUAAAUUAUAUUUAUUAUUUUUUAACAUUGUUCGCCCGAGUUUCAGCAGUGCGUUGGAGGGUUUUUUUCUUCUUUUUUUGUGUAAUAUAAGGUCUCUAUAAGGUUUUCUUGUGUUUUCUUUAUGUAGUGCUCGCAUCCUGAUGGUUCUUCUGGCAAUGUGAUGUUGUGAAAAUGUGUAGUCAAAUGAAUCGUUCGUACAGGUUGUUGAAGAAGUUUUCAACAACGCAGUUGACUUUGACGUCAUUAUAUGUUAUGAUGGGUUUUUGAAAAAAAUGUUUACACACGAGUCUGGUGGGGCUAUAAUAAAUGUAUACCGCCAUAAAAAAAGUUGAGUAUUUUUGCUUUUUGAUGAUUUUUCGACCUAUUACGUGACUUCAAGGCUCGGUUUUCCAAUUUCUGCUCAACUUGCAAGUUUACUAAUAAAUGUUCGUAAAUUAUUUUUUCAAAUUCUGGUUAACUAACUAGUCAGCGUGGAUCUGGCAACGCUGCUUUCACGUCUAAACUAUAGUGCCCUGUGCAUUUUUUGACGUUUGUGUCAUCUGUCACUGUUGAUAUGAGGCUGCUUUUACUAUGGUCAUCUGUACAUUCCAUGAAGUUUGUGUUAUCUGUCAUUCGGGUCGCUAUCGAGCAAAAAAGUUUAGGGACGCUGUUGAUCUGACAACGUUGCUUCUUCGUCUGACCUAUAGUAAUCUGAACAUUUCAUGACGUUUAUGUCAUCUAUCAUAACUCAUGUCGCCCUCGAGCAAAAUAAAUUGGAGACACUUUUGAACUAACGUCUGAUCGUUCGUUUUAUGUAUGUUUAUGUCUCGUGUCAUGUGACAACUUGUGUUACUAUCGGGCAAAAAAGUACACAAUCUGGCAGCGCUGCUUUUACGUCUGAACUAUACGUUCUGUGCGUUUUAUGUCAUUUGUGUUCCGUGUCAUCUGUCACAACUCAUGUCACUGUUGAUCUGGCAACGCUGAUUUUACGUCUGAAUUAUAGUGUCCUGUGUGUUUUAUGACGCUAGACGUUCGUAUCGUGUCAUCUGUCACUGUCGAGCACAGAAGGUUAGGAAUCGUGGUUUAACUAUAUCUUUCAGGUUGACGGGGUCGUCUGGGUAAACUGAACUACCGUUUCAGGCCAAACUUGACAUUGAAGAACUUGUUUUGAAGUCUAGCCGGUAAGUAUUUUUGCUGUUUGAUGAUUCGACCUAUUACGUGACUUCAAGACUCGGUUUUCCAAUUUCUGGUCAACUUUCUAGUUCGUGAGUUAACUAUUAAAUGUUCGUAAAUUCGUUUUUCAAAUUCUGGUCCAGCUGUUCUGGACUAACUAGUCUCUGUGGAUCUGGCAACGCUGCUUUCACGUCUGAACUAUAUUGUUCUGUGCAUUUUAUGACGUCAUGUCAUCUGUCAUAAUUCUUGUCACUGUCGAACAAAAACGGUCAGAAACACUGUUGAUCUGACAAUGUUGCUUUUACGUUUGAACUAUGAUUUUAUGAAAUUUGUGUCGAGUCAUCUGUCAAAACUCUGGUCGCUGGCGAACAAAAAAUGUUAGAGACCGUUGAUUUGUCAACGCUGCUUUUACGUGUGAACAUGUUCUGUGCGUUUAAUGACGUUUGUGUUUCGUGUCAUCUGUCACAACUCAUGUCACUGUUGAUCUAACGCUGCUUUUACUAUGGUAAUCUGUAGUACAUUCCAUGACGUUUGUGUCUUCUGUCAUUCGUGUCACUAUCGAGCAAAAAAAGUUAGGAAAUCUGUUGAUUUGAAAACGUUGCGUUUACUCCGAACUUUUGAACUGGCAACGCUGCUUUUACGUCUGAGUUAUAGUGUCCUGUGUGUAUUAUGACGCUUGACGUUUGUGUCGUGUCAUCCGUCACUGUCUAGCAGAGAAGGUUAGGAAUCGUGAUUUAACUAUAUCUUUCUGCUGAACCCAUUGACGGUCCUGUGGGUAAAGUUAACUACCAUUUCAGGCUAAACACCCCCAUUUUUUAUAAUAACUACGAAUUAGGUUUCAAAAUUUUAAAAGUACAUAAAAGGAUUUUCAGCCAUCCAACGCAAAACUUUUCGAAUUUGUCUUCACAAUCCGCUGAGAUAAAAAAUGUGAAGUGAAUCAACUUCACAAAAUUGUGUCACAGCAUGUUUGAGUGGCUGUGCUUGACAGAGAAUGUCCAGGAAUCUCAGGAUAUGUCUCUUACUGUAAUAGUAACAGUGCGCUUCCAUAAUGGCUGAAGUUACAAUAAAUUUGAAUCCCAAACUGACAAUUCUCAUUUGAUAUCUUACAAUCUCCUGCGUAAAGCUAUAAAAGGUAAUCAGCUAGGGAAUCUUUAGAGGUUUUACAAAUAGGUUCUGUUUUCAUAAAGUGUGAUUUAUAACUUCAUACAAUUUGUAAAGUUCCCCUACCUGAUUGACUUUUAAAGCCAUAUGCUGGAUGUAACACGGUUUAGUUUAGUAUCAAAUGAAAAUUGUCAGUUUGGAAUUCAAAUUUCUCAACCAAGCUCAAAAAGAGAUUCCCAAUUUUUUCUUGGUAACCACGCUGACAAAAAAAAUAGUAAAAAUUUAGAGACGACAUGCGGUAGUUUGCUACUAGCGCGCCUUUGUAACAUAUGGUAAGGCUGUUCCGUAUUAUAUAUAAAAAAUACAAAACGAAAAAGGUUACAAGAUGUCGUCUCUUUGUACAUCUUUGAGAUGCUUAGGAGACAUACAUGUUACGGGUAACGUCGGUAUAACGGUUCAACCUUGGAUUCAAGAUAUAUAAAGAAUAAAAUUUUGUACAAAUGAUGAAUAAUUAUUUGAGAUUGAUAUGCUGUCUUUUUGAGUGUGACACGUUUUAUAUAAACUAAUCAUGGGCGAAGUUAGAGACAGUUCUGUGGGCGGCACACUGCUAUUGCAAGUUUCCUCAUAUGAACAAAAGUGUGAUCAAGGGUAGCAAUUUUUUUCUUCACACUUUAACUCCGCCUAUGAAGCUAAUCCUAAGUUUAGCUGUUAUUCCUCACCCGAAUCGUACACUAUAUAUAUUUUAUUGUUUUUUCUUGAUACAGUGUGAUUUACUUGAAAUGGACUUGGUUAUAGGUAAUAUGAAAUAUUAGAUAUUUGUUCCGGAUUCUUCUUUUUCAUAUGUAGAGUUCAGAAUGGAAAUACUCUACUCCAAACUUUAAAUUUUUUUUCCAGUUUAAUGAUACGAAAUGGUUGUAUCAACAUAGUGCCAAAGUGAUAAGAUACAUCCUACUUUGACACUGUCAAGUGUCAAACUAUGAGACUGAUACUGUAGAUUUCCCUAGAUUUGGUGGAGCUCGCGAGUUUUGGAGAAUUUGAGACAACAUUGAAACCAAGUCUCCAGGAUCUUACGCCCAAAUGAAACCAUGUAGGUAUUAUAUUAAUUAACCUAAUGUGGUUUCAUUUGGCCAGUAUGAAAAUUAGUUUCUGGUGUUACAUAUUACGUUAAUGUUGAAACUGUUUUCCAUAGUGCAAACCUUUCCGAAAAUAGGUAGUAUAAAUACACUUUAAAGAAAGGGUUAUUGUUUACGAUUUUGGGCUAAAAAUAAACGAACAUUUGCCUUAAUUCUACGAAAUACUGGAAAUCUGACGGCUUCCUUCUCAGUCUAUUUUGGGCGACAUUUGUUGAUGUUAACAGUUUAUUUUGUAGAUAAAAUCCAUAACCUUGAAAAUUUGCUACCAAUACGUACACACAGACACAUUUGCUAUAGUUUUAACAACUUUUCAUUAUAGAUAUAACAAAGUUAUGUUCAAUAAUUAUAAACCCGUCCAUUUUAAGCCUCACAGUGUAUAAUGUAUACGGUGCUGGCUAUUUCCCUUUAGAGUUUCACGCCUAUGAGAGAAAGAGAAGCGUGUUAGAAAGAUUGCGCCCUAUAAGUAUAGUCACCACGUUGCCAGGCAACGUCGGUCAGGCAGGAAUGCCAGACGUACCAGAAAUCUCGUACAUGUACGAGAUUAUAAGUUUCUGUACGAGAUUAACAUAAAUCUCGUACACUUUUAGGAGAUUUAAAAAGUGAUGACUACGCACUCAAUAUUAUGUGGGAAAGUAUAAUAAUGCAAACAUGACCAUCGAUGUUUCAGAAACAUCGAUGCUUAGUGUUAGCUUUUUUAGUUGGUCUGUCAAAUAUAACCACGCUAAGGACUCUCAACGCGAUGCCAGGGCUGCUAUUCUGCAAUACUGAUUUUGUUAAAAUAUACUAUUUAUUACCUUUCUCUAGCUACAAAAAUACACCAUCAUUUAAAUAAGUAACUCCCAGUUUUUAUUAAUUUUGAUUUAUUAUUUCUUCGACAUUUUUUCCGAUUGUCAUCACUUUAGAUUUGGCUACAUUAAUUUUCAGAUUUCUCAUUUCUAAUUCGGCGUUCUAGAUCGGUUUGCAGGUGUUUUUCCCUGACAGGCUAACCAUUUCCAGUUUGUGUUGACCAAUGUUCACUUUUUUGAGUUUGUAUUUAAUUGUUUUCAUGAUGUCGUCUACGAUAAUUAUAAAAAGUCUUAUUAUAUAUAUAUAUAUAUCCUUUGUCAAAUGCCUUUUCCAGAUCUAGAAAGGCCCUGUAUGCUUCGGCGUUCUUCAUUCUAGUCUUUUCGAUCAUUUGGUUAAUCGUGAAUUCAUGAUCGGUCCUUAGACUUCACAUACGCCACUGUGUGCAAGAUAAUGUGCUAAAUGAACGAGAAAUUUGGCAACCCUGGGGAGGAGUUACAGCGGCGCUCCGCGCCCUCCCCACUGUUGAUGUCGUUGCCAGGCAACGUGAUCGCCAGGCUUACAAGGCGCACUGUUUUUAACGCGCUCUCUGUCUCGUACACAUGGGAAAACGACAUUGGCCAGCAGUGUAUAUUGAAUUUGUUUUGAGUUGUUCUUAAUUCAAAAAGCGUAUCGUACGAUUUAUAUUACAACCUCUGUGAAAUCUAAAUUUUGAUUAACGAGUCUCUGUAAAAAGUAAAUGUGGUGCGAUGAGUUUUCGGACAUUCCCGUUUGUCAGAGUUGUACGAUCGAUUAUAAAUUAAAUUUAUACUAUUUAAGCUUUUAUGUGAUUUGUCGUAUCCUUUUUUCUCACCAUUGGGAGCUGAUCAUAGUAUUUUUGUCUAGGUUAUAUCAAUUAGUUAAACGACAGUGUUACUUUUGCGAAUGUGGUAUAGUAUCAUGUAUUUUAUACUUAUUUUCUUAUUUAAAGUGUUUUUAUUGCAGUUAAAAUUUGAAUUUUUCAAUAAAGAACGCAAUUGCGCUAA